AUUUUAACGGCCAAAACAUUCAUGUGUAUUAUGAAAAUCGAUGUGUUAAAUCAUUUUUAAAAACAUCGAAGCAUCGAUAUUGCCAUCGAUAAUUAUUUCCCCGCUUCCGCCGCCAAGCAAACCAAGCGCGGAAAUGUUAAUUUCGCAAAAUCGUUAAAUUCUUGAAAACAAAAGCGAAUUAAAUUCUGUAUUUUGCUGUGUUGAUAAUAAACAAAUAACAAAUGCGAAUGCAAGUCAAUUUAAAUGUGUGUGGGCAGCAGUAAAGGAAGCUUAAGCAUUCCAAAAACUGCGCAGUAAAAAUCAAUAACUGUAAGUGGCACUCACACACACACGGAGAGGUAGGAAGAACAGUUCGACAGCGAGCAACAAGCAAACACACCAUGUCCGACGAAGAAGAAGAGUCCUUGUCCGAGGGCUUCUCGGCCAGUGAAGAGGACGAGUGGAAGCCAACAAAAGAUGCACGCGGUGGCGAAUCGUCCGACGAUGAUGACAGCGAAUUUGAGGAGCUGCCUCCCCAAGCAGCAGUUGGAGGAGCAGCUUCUGCUGGCGCCAGCGGACGCUCUUCGGCGUCGAGUGCAUCCAAAAAGAGAGAACAAAAGUCACCCAGCGGCAUCAAAGGAGCAUCCGUUAAGAAACGCAAACCCAGCGGUCAAUCAUUGCGCUCCAAACUGUAUAACAAGUAUCGGCCGCCGCCAAAAACAUUUCCCACAUCGCCCACACAGAACUCGCCAACGGCAUCGGGUUCAAACAGUCGAGGAACGGCUUCAAAAAACGCCAAAACGCCCAAUGAAAGCAACAACGGUGACUCCAGCAGCGAAUCAAGUGUUGAGGAUUAUUUAGUGAAUCCGGCAGAGUUGGAUCUACGAUCCAGUUUCUUCACGGCCACCAAAGAGAAGUCGCCAGCGCCACAAUUCGAUUGCAACGCAGGCAUCACGAAUCUCACAGAUUCCGGUUCGGGUUCUGAGGAUAACAACGACAGCAGCAUGGAAGAUAAUGCUGCUGGCAAUAAAGCAUUCGAUUUUCGUGAUCUACUCGAGAAUGCCAACAGCCUGGAACGUACCAGAGAGGCACUGCUUAGCAAGCGCAAUGUGACGUGCAAUCCAACAUCAUCUGGAUGCCCCGAUGGGAAUCUCACAACAAACGCUGCCACAAUGGAUGUCAAUGCAUUGCUUGCAUUGGGCGAAAACCAAAACUACGCAAAAGAGACGGACACAACAACAACAGCAACAGUGACUAAGGAUCGCCGACGAGUAGCAGGAGGUGGAGCUGCUGCAUCGCAGCCACCACCACUCGAUGGUCCAUCGCGACUCAGUAAGACGAAAUCGACGCGCAUCAAACGCCACACAAAGACACGGCCAGCGUCCACUGUGGUGGCUGGCGGCGACACCGAUGACUCUGACUUUGAGGAAGUUGCAGACGCGCAACUGAGCAGCGACAACGAGGAUGCUGCCACACCAAACAUAUCUGGUGAUCUGGAAAUCCAUGUGGGACUCCCAUCGCGUCAUCCCACCAAAGAGCAGAAGACACAGCUUGAACUGGAGAAUGCACUAAAGCGUCGCAUGAAUCGUGACAUCAAAGAUCGCCAGCUGCUCAUGCACAAAGUGAGUCUGUUGUGUCUGAUAUCACGCAGCCUCAAAUACAAUCGACUGCUCAGCGAUACCGCUUUGAUGGAGGCUUCUCUUAAGCUACUGCCCAGCAAGAAUUCUUAUCCCACCGAACGUGGCGUGGAAUUGAAGUAUCUUCAGUCGUUUAUCACCUGGUUUAAAGUGGCUAUCAAGCUGCGCAGCCAAGACUUGUAUCCCGCCAAGACGGCAAGCACAAAGCGUGGCAUUAUCGACGAGCUGUUGGCGCAAAUCAAACGCAAGGAGGCACGUUGCAAGCAGGAUAUGAUCCUCAUAUUCAUUGUACUUGCACGUAGCAUGGGCAUGAACUGUCGCCUCAUUGUCAACAUGCAGCCAAUGGCACUAAAACCUCAAGCGAGUGAUUUGAUAACAAUUAAGAUGAAGCCGGAUGACAAGAGAGGGCAAGCAAAGAACGAUGCGGAUGAGGCGGAGUCGGAGACGGAUGAAGAGUCCGACAGCAAGCCCAAAAAGGCAAAAUCUACAGCAAGCAAAUCAGCACAAGUACUUAAAAGUAAUGCAACCAGCUCAAAGGCUACUACUAAAGUAGAGGCGAAGACAAGCUCGAAAGCUGCAACAAAAACCGUCAACAAAGUGACCGAAACGGAGACGAAGACAAGCUCGAAAGCUGCAACAAAAACCGUCAACAAAGAGACCGAAAAGGAGUCGAAGACAAUCUCGAAAGCUGCAACAAAAACUGUUAAGAAAGAGACCGAAGCGAGUGGAUCAAGUGCUGGUCGCAGUUCCAAAUCCAAGGUCUUGCCAAGCAAGAGUCUAGAUAGCAACUCCGAGCUGGAUAUGAAACCCAGCACUUCCAGAUCUAUCUCCUCCAGUCGCAAGGCAACAGAAAACAGCAGCAGCGCAGAGAAGUCUACCAAGCCGCAGUUGACGCGUCUCAAACGAAGCAGCAACCCAGCUGAAACAGAAGACAGAAAGAAACCAAAGUUGAGCUUGAAAAUCGAAGGAACGCCUAUAGCUCGCCGCACCCGCAAAGCAUCUGCCGGUGCAGAGAACGUGGCCGCAUUUCCGGCGGACAAAAUUGGCUCGCCCGUCAUACCCAAGUUGGUGCUGCCCAGCGCUAAGAUGAAGAAUGCCAAGCACAGCGACACAGAGAAUGCCAAUCCCAGUCAAACCCUGGCAGCUAAAAGUGAUACGCGUUCGCGCAGCAAAUCGCCCAAAGUGCACAUAUCACCCGUGUUUCUUAAAGGCCACAGCAAUGAACCCGAGGAACCCAAAGCGAGCAAAGCAGUCAAGAGCAGGCGAGGCGAUGUGAAGCCUAAAAUCUCACCCACAUUUCUGCAAGCAGCUGAGCCUGCCCAGCUACGCACACGCCAGCAGCGGGCAAAGGCGCAAAGCAUUCCACAACUCGAUGGCGGCGACGAUAGUCUGCCUGUGCCUAAGAAGCGACCCAAGCUGGAGAAGCUCAAGGCUCACAGCCGAUCCACGGAGGAUACCGAUGAGUCGACGCCCACAAAGCAAAUUAAGAAGGCUCCUGUGCUGCCUAAGGCGGUGCAGCACUUACGCAAGGAUCGACGUGUGCUCUCCACGGACGAUGAGAGUGUCAAGGAUAAGCGGAAGACAACGGCCUCGGAUAUGUGGGUGGAGGUUUGGUCCGAUGUGGAGGAGCAAUGGAUAUGCAUUGAUUUGUUCAAGGGAAAAUUGCACUGCGUCGACACCAUAAGGCGUAAUGCCACCUCGAAUCUGGCCUAUGUGUUUGCCUUCCAAGACGAUCAGAGUCUCAAGGAUGUGACAGCGCGUUACUGCUCCAGCUGGACGACAACAGUGCGCAAAUCGCGUGUGGAAAAAGCCUGGCUAAAUGAGAUUUUGGCCCCAUAUUUGGGACGUCGCACCAAGCGCGACAUAUGCGAGGAUGAGCAGAUGCGCCGCAUACACUCCGACAAGCCGUUGCCCAAGUCCAUAAGCGAGUUCAAGGAUCAUCCGUUGUAUGCGCUGGAAAGACAUCUACUUAAAUUCCAGGCCAUCUAUCCGGCCGAUGCGCCCACGGUGGGCUUCAUACGUGGGGAGGCGAUAUAUUCACGUGACUGCGUUCAGGUGCUGCACUCGCGUGACAUUUGGCUGAAGAGUGCGCGUGUGGUGAAGCUGGGCGAACAGCCCUACAAGAUUGUCAAGGCACGCCCCAAAUGGGAUAGGCUAACGCGCACUGUUAUAAAGGAUCAGCCGCUGGAGAUAUUUGGCUAUUGGCAAACGCAAGAUUAUGAGCCGCCCACAGCUGAAAAUGGCAUUGUGCCGCGCAAUGCUUACGGCAAUGUGGAGCUCUUUAAGGAGUGCAUGCUGCCCAAGAAAACCGUGCAUCUAAGAUUGCCCGGUUUGAUGCGUGUCUGCAAGAAGCUGAACAUUGAUUGCGCCAAUGCUGUGAUUGGUUUUGAUUUCCAUCAGGGCGCCUGUCAUCCCAUGUACGAUGGAUUCAUUGUGUGCGAAGAAUUUGGCGAGCUGGUCACUGCCGCCUGGGAGGAGGAUCAACAGGAGCAGGCGCGCAAGGAGCAGGAGAAAUAUGAGGCACGUGUCUAUGGCAAUUGGAAGAAAUUGAUUAAGGGUUUGCUUAUUCGCGAGCGCCUCAAGAAGAAAUACAACUUUUAAAAAGCAAAAUGUGGUUCUAACGUCCUUUUUUUGUGUUAUAUUGUAUUUUUGUACUUCUACCUAAGUUGUAUUAAUGUUAAAAUAAACAAGCUGAGUUACAUUCGAAAUCUA